AUGUUUAUCUUCGCGUUUCUGGAUCCUUCUCCACCCCUUCGUAUCCUCCUGAUGAAAACGGGUUUCUACCCACCACCUUAUCAAUACAGCAUCUCUCCCAAAUCCGAAAUCGCUGACGGAUCUUCGUUGAAUGGUCGAAACGGCCUCAGGACGGAGGCGUAUUACCGGUGGCGACAGUGGGGAGGCGUUACCGAUCUUGCUGAUUGUCGACCAUCGCCGCUCAGGGUGAUUAAGCAACAGCAUACACCGGCGAUGCUGCUACUAGUGGCACAAAUUAUCAGAGCAUCACCGGAAACGUUGGGUCCUACUUCAAACUCAUCAGGUGGAAGUCUUGGUUUCUCCCAUCAGAAUAGAGGUAGUACGCCAUGUUUUGCAAAAAAAUUGUGUGCAGAAACCGUAAUGUUGUCAACAGCAGGGUUGUGGGAGAAGAAUAUCACCUCGGUGGAUAUCUUUGAGGAGAUACAUUCCUUGUGGACUACAGUUGUGAAACACUUCAUUGCUGGAUCAAUAGUCUUGAAAGAUUUUGGAAGCCUGCUUUUCAUCUUUAGCAGUAAAAUCGGUGCUUUUCUUCUGCAUUGGUGCACUCCUGCUCCGUCUUAUCUUAUCCGUUUUCUAUGGACGGCUAAAAGUCUCGAGCCGUUUAAAAAACCUUUUCUUUCUUCUCUUUUGGAUCUGGUUAUUCCAACAGAAACCUUCCUACCAGAUGUUAACUUGAUCGAAAUAGCAAUAUCCUUUUUUAAACCACAAAAGACCAAAUUGCCCUUUACCAAUUUUACUGCACCAAUCCCAGGAGGUAGUGCCGUCUGGAAUCGCAAUCAGAUUAGAAUAUUGAAUGUGCUCAUUGAGGAGCAAAUGCUUAUACUUAGGAAUAUAUUCAACACCAUCUAUUGUCAAGAGGGAACCGAAAAUGUAUUUGAGCUUUGGUAUUUACAAGCCAGAAGAGGUAAAACUUACAGUGCGUUUGUUCGAGGUGGAUUUAAUCAAAAUGGUUAUGAGUUGAGUUAUGCUGAACACAAAUUCAGACGUUAGCACAAACAAUCAUGAAUUUGUUAAAAGUCAAGAUUCUUAUGCCAUGUGUGUGCUGGCCCUUUAGUCCCUUUACCUUGAAUUGGAAACGUCGUCGUCUAUUUUCCACAAGCCCACAACGAGCAAGUUGCAGCAUGAUGCGAACCUAAUGAAGUUUAUCCAGAAAUGACUCUUCAACCCGUAUAUAAAGGAAGUUGCUACUGGGACCACUAGUCUGGAACAAUUUAACAAAUUUGGCACAUGGAAAGUUUACAGGAGGAGGCCAAAGCCACGUGGAGGGGAACGAUUGGGGUAGUUGUGAUUAUGUUAGAGAGAAUAGAUUUAUAUAGGUCAUGUUGUUGAAUGAGUGAGAUCAUCUUUUUGUUUUCAAAAGAAUGUAUUCGGCUGUAUGAAGCUUGGCAGGAAGACUCGAGCUUCUUUGAUUUGAUUUUGGAAUAAGAUUUCUAUUCUCUCUCA